AUGAAAGAAGGCUAAAACAUAAAAGUCGUUGCUAGGUUGAGACCGCUCAAUGCUCUUGAAAUGCAACAAGGAGGGGAAUGUUGUGUUUCAUAUGGCGAAAAGUAAAUUACUGUUACGGUAUGACAUUUGAGUCUAUCAAUUAUUUUAGGUUGGCUCCAAUGAUAAAUAAGAUUUUACAUUUGAUCGAAUAUUUGGACCUGAUUCAGAAUAGGCUGAUGUAUUCGAAGAAGUAGGGAGACCCAUUUUAGACAGCGUGAUGAAUGGUUAUAAUGGAACCAUUUUUGCGUAUGGUUAAACUUCAUCAGGAAAAACAUUUACAAUGGAAGUACUAUGCAUUAUGAAAAUAUAUAGGGCCCAGACAAUCCCAACGAAAGGACUAAAGGAUUAAUACCAAGAGUCAUGACUGAAUUAUUUGAUGUUGUGCAUAGCAAAUCAGAAGACUUAAUACAUAUUGUAAAGGUUUCUUUUUUGGAAAUUUACAAUGAGAAAAUUAUGGAUUUAUUAGACACUAAUAAAACUAACUUAAAAAUAAAAGAAGAUAGACUUAGAGGCAUUUUUGUAUAGAAUCUCACAGAGAUUAAAGUUGAAUCUCCUGAAGAAAUGAAAUAGGUCAUGAUGACUGGCUCAAAUAAUAGAACAAUAGCUGCCACUAGAAUGAAUGAAAGAUCUUCUAGAUCUCAUUCUUUAUUUCAAAUUUAGGUUAGUGAAAAAAAUUUGAAAACAGAUUCCAGUAAAUUAAGCAAAUUGUACUUUGUGGAUUUGGCAGGAUCAGAAAAAGUAGCAAAAACUAAUGUUUCUGGUUAACAGCUAGAAGAAGCUAAGAAUAUUAAUAAAUCAUUAACUUGUUUAGGUAUGGUUAUUAAUGCUUUAACUUCUGACAAAAAAGAACACAUUCCUUAUAGAGACUCUAAAUUAACCAGAAUAUUGAGUGAAUCUCUAGGAGGAAAUGCUAAAACUACCUUGGUAGUUGCUUGUUCAAUGUGUUCAUAUAAUGAUAAAGAAACAAUAAGCACUUUAAGAUUUGGAGCAAGAGCCAAAGCAAUAAAAAAUAAGCCUACUAUAAAUGCUGAGAAAAGUGCUAAAGAAUUAUAAGCCUUACUAGAUAUUGCUGAAUAAAAGAUAUUAGAGUAGGAUGAAAUAAUAAAUAAAUUAAUGGAAAAGGUAGAGAAUGGCACCUCAGUCUCUAUGGACAAAGGAAACUCAAACUCAAAUUUGGGACCUUAACAAAAUGCUCAAUAAUCUAAAUAACACUCAUCUCUGUAAUUAUUAAAAGAACAUAAAUUAGUUGUCAAUUUGCAAGAAGAAUUGGAGUUUCAAAAAACAGAAAUGGCUGCUCUUUAGAUAAACUAUUAGAGUAGGAUUGAUGAAUUAUAAGAGAAACUUUUAAAAUAGAAAUUAAAUGAAGAACAUAUCAAAUAAUAAUUAGCUGAGUGUUUAAAAAAUAAUUAAAAAUUCAUUUUUGAAAAUGAAUAAUUGAAAACUCAAAUAUUAGAGAAUGAUUAGAAACUAUUUGAUUUUCGUAGAGCUCUGUCAUCAACAAAGUAAGACCUGGAUUUUUUCCUUGCCAAUCUGAAUUUAAAGAACCAAUUCAAUUAUUGUCCCUCUGAUUCUGAAUCAACAAAAGACAUUUUCAUGACUGAAUAAUAUGACAAAGAAAUUGAAGAGAGAACCUUUUAGAGCAUAGUUAAUUUUUCAGAGACCCUUACGAAAUUAGAUACAAUUCUCUUGAAAGAUUUUACUUAGGAAUAAGCCAUCACUCAAAUUAUAAAUCCAUAACCUAAGAAAAAGAAUGUAUCCUUUUAAUUGGAUUCUUAACCACCCUCGCCAAAAUCAAAUAAAUUGUUGGAUAUUGAUAACUUCUCUUUUUAAACUGAUGAAGAUGAACUAAACAUAAAAUUUGAUGAAAAUGAAUAAACUUUAAUAAAAUCCACCUAAGAGAAUGAAGAAAUCUCAGAUGUUGAAAAAUUAUUAGCCAUGUUGGGUGAUAAAAUGGAGGAUUCACAUGUAUUACUACAAAUUCAGGAAGUUUUCUCGAAAUUGAGGAGAUAACUUUAAGUGGAAUAAGAAAAGGUCUAGGAAAUAUAUUAAAUUAUGGUCACCAUUAAGGAUUAGUAUUCGAUGUAUCAAAUAAAGGAGAGAGAAAAAAUGUAAAAAUUGAAAUUAUCAUAUAAUUAAAAGAAGAGUGAAAUGAGUUAAUCAAAGCAGAGCCUUUAAAAACAAUUAGUAAAUAUAAUCGAUCAAUUAUUUCUUAGGAAGAUUUAACAGUGGAAUUUCAGAAAUAUAAGCAUGAAACUGAAAAGUAAUAAUAAUUUCUUACUUAAAUUAAUCAGCAAUUGAUGUUUACUUUAGAAACCCAAAAAUCUUAGUAUUAUAUCAUUCUUAUUUUUUAUAUUGCAACAACAGGAAAGUUCAGCAUUCAAUCCUCUCUCCAGAGAAUAUCAACUAGAAUGUACUGUCAAAUAGCUCAUGCAGGAAAGAAAUGAUAUGCAUAACUCAUUAUUAUAAACUAGAUAAUAAUUGGAAAAUGCAGUCAAAUUAAAAAAUUCCUAAGCAGAAGAAAUUAUUAAAUUACAAAAAAAAAUCGAUACUAUAGAAUUGUAAUUGUAACAUAAGAAGCUCUAGGAAUAAGAUCUAAUUCGACGGCAAUUCCAAAGGAGAUUCAGUAGAGAUACUAAAAAAACCACCUCAGAGACUCAAGGAUGGGGUUUCGACUAAAUUAUUAAAGAUGAUCAUGCAAGGAACAUUGCAAGAUUAGAAACAGUUUUAGGAUAUCCUUAUUUAGAAACAAUCUAAACAGGAGCCUGUGUAGGAAAAGCCGAUCUAAUAAUAAAUGAGUUUCAGGUAAAGAUUCAAUCUAUAAUACAGAAAAUAUAUAACGUAGGCAGCGAGUAAUAAAGAAAUUAAUAGGAGUAUGAUGAUCUCAGUCCAGUCAUUGGUACACGCACCAUAAUUUCAAAAGAAGUUGGAGAAUGCUAAGGAUAAAAUCCAGAGAUAUUCGAAUAAUAUCAAUCUUAACCAGAAUAAAUAAGCAUAGCAUUAGACGUAAUUAUGUCAAUAAACAUAGGAAUUUCACGAACAACUUGUCGAUGACAUUGGAACGACCCCCUUUAGAAGAAUUCUAAGAAAGUUACUAUCCUGAAUGA